AUGGCUCAUGCCGGCUCGAACUCUCGGCCGGAAACCAGAUCGACCUCUGAAACAACCACGGCCUGUACCAUAUUGGAGCUUGUUUUUCAAAAGCGGUUCAAUGGCAGUGAGGGUUUUCAUCGGAAAUUCAGUGACUAUGAAAACGGUUUUGGAUCUGUCUACGCGGAACACGGGCUUGGUCUUAAAUACAUUUAUGAGAUGACAUCGCGUGGUUCCUACCAACUACGUUCGAACGGAAGCAAGGGAAACGAUGUGUACGGGGACUUUAGUCUUCAGCCUGGAACGAACUACACACUGAACGUUGGGUCGCGUGUACGGUCAAAUGGUCUUCUUAGCACACACUCAUUUAGUGAUGUUGACUAUGCACCGGUCGGAAAUGCCUUCAGUACGUAUGAUCCUGACGUUGACCGUGCAUCGUGGAGCAACGGUGCAGCAGAGUGGGAAGGGGGCUGGUGGUACAAUGCCUGCUAUUACUACAUCAAUCUGAAUGGACUUUACCAACCAGGACAAUUAGAUGGCCGGGCCAUGAAUUAUGACUCUCACUACGGUAUUGCUGCCAGCACCAUGAUGUUUAAAAUUCUUUACACAUCUGAACAAGGAUGUUACCCCGUCUACAGUCGUCUCGAGAUUAAUCAACUGAGCGGUGCCAUUGAGGUCGAUCUACGUUGA